GUAAUUCGUGUUUUUGUCUUUCUCGCAUUGUUUUUCUUCUUUUGCUUUUGCUUUUCAGUACUCUAAUGUUUCUUAUGAUGUCCAGCUUUCUAUUUCGCAUCCCUUCACAAUUUUUAGGUUUCAGACUCGGUUCAUUCCGGAAGUCUAGAAGCCUAGGAUACCAAGCCUUGGGACCCGAGGCUGGAACGGACACCUUGUGGAUCUCAUGACAGCAAGCAAGGGGUUUUCGUCAUUGAAAGUCUUGUCCGUUCUGCUACGAUGUUGCCAGUAUCUGGAUCAAUACUCAACUCCAAGAGCAACUUUUGUUGUCCUGCAUCAUGGCUUGCAUAUCGGCAGAUGCCUCUCCCGUGAAGCUUGAGAUCACAUUCCACCCGACUCAUGGCCCGGCCCCAGAAUUCCCAUGUAAGUUCACGGCUGAGGCGGGGCAGUGAAAGCUGGGCGAACAUCAAAUCUCUUCGUGCCAAGAUGCAAAUGGGAGAGUAGUCGACUUGGCAGCCGGAACAGACACCAAUUGGAGGACCGGCAUUAAGUUUUCAGGGGAGCAGAGAACCCGAGAUCGAGAUGUCCCGAGGGUUGGAAUUUAUAUAUCUUUCGUGAUCCCCGCAUGUUCUACGACCCUUGGUGACGGGAACUAGAAUUGAUCAAGGACUAGGUUGGGUAGAAACGCUGACGUCUGACACUAUCGUCUUUCUAUCCAUGGAAACCUCAAAUCUCGACAUCGUCAUACAAUGCCUUCUCAAUCUCCAAGGGCAGUGUUCCGGCGUCAACUCGCGGCAGCAUCGUGUCAAAUUCCCGAUAUAUCAGAAGACUACAACCUACCUCUCCAUGUCGGGGCUCUUUUCAUAAUCUUGGCGGUAUCCUUCACCGCCUGUGUACUUCCAAUCAUCGUGGUGAAGGUGCCCAAGUUACGGAUACCUCCGACGACUCUGUUUGUUGUACGGCAUUUUGGAACGGGCGUGUUAAUUGCUACUGCAUUCGUGCAUUUACUGCCAACAGCUUUCAUCUCUCUCACGGAUCCAUGUCUUCCGACUUUCUGGCAUGAGACAUAUCCCGCCAUAGCGGGUGCUUUGGCAUUGGCUGCUGUGUUUGGUAUCAUCAUCAUUCAGAUGGUGUUAAGUCCAGGGAAGAAUUGUUGUGCUUUCCCUGCUUCGAUGAUGGAGAAGGGGUCAGUGAGUGGUCGAGGGGUUUUGUGUGCUGAUCCGGAGGAGGAAACUCCAAUCCCAGGAACUCUUCACGGAAGAGAUUCUAGCACGGGCAGACAGCUCCAGCAAGUCACUGCUCAGAGCGAAACUCUUGAAGCGAUCGAGAGAAGUCAAACUCGGCUUUCCCACAAGCAUGGGAUGGUGCCGCUGACGUCUCCAAUCGCUCUUUCAAUGGAGCAAAAACACAAAAAGGAGUUGAUGCAGUGUGUGUUGUUGGAGUUGGGAAUUCUUUUUCACAGUGUGUUCAUUGGGAUGGCUUUGAGCGUUGCAACGGGAAAUGACUUCAUCAUCCUGUUGAUUGCCAUUUCUUUUCAUCAAUCUUUCGAGGGGCUGGCACUUGGAUCACGGAUCGCUUCAUUGACAUGGAAGCCAAAUGCAUACCAGCCGUGGCUCAUGGCUCUUGCCUACGGCUGCACGACUCCCAUUGGGCAAGCAAUCGGACUCGCGACACGUACUCUAUACAGUCCAGAGUCGGAGACCGGACUAUUGAUCGUGGGAAUCUUCAAUGCCAUUUCGGCGGGGCUUCUGACGUACGCUUCAAUCGCAGACUUGAUUGUGGAGGAUUUCCUGAGUGAUGAGAGUUGGAGGGUACUGAGAGGGAAGAAACGGAUAAUUGCAUCUUUGCUGGUGUUUGGUGGUGCAUUUGGCAUGAGCUUGAUUGGCGCUUGGGCAUGAACGGAAUACGUCAUGAAUUGGCAAUGGGAUAAAAAGCAUAGAAGGAAUUCAAUUUGCUGGGAGUUGUGAACUGCAUACAUUGUUCUUCAAUCCAGAUGAAUUUCGGAUUAAUUGUCUCUAGAUGUACCAGAGCGUCCAUCACUUUGCACCCCGAUCUCUUGUCUAUCACUCAGUGCCUCAACACGGAUUUUCCAUCUUCAUUUUGCCCUGAACCCCAGGUCCCACGACUUGAAGUCUGCCGACUAUGCAUUGCAAGGAUAAUUUGGAUUCCCAUCAGGUGGAAAAUGCAAGUUGUCAAGUGCCUCCUGGAUUCCACAGAUAGGCAGUGGAAA